CCCACGAUGAAUCCAGUUCUCUGUUCCACUUUCAUCAACUACAGUACGCCGUUUCUGUCAAUAUCACAACUUUACAAGACUGACGCUCCACGUCGACAUGGAAGUCAUACAAAAGAACGAAGCCUUCAAGAAGAUUGACGGGGGGAUGAAGUUCUCUUAUGUCCAGGUUUUCGUUCACCAAGAUGGCAAACUGUACACUGGGAAGUGGAUGAAUCGAUUCGACUCGCCGAAAACGCUCGAGGAUCUCCAGGACGUCAAGCAAAUCCCAAUGGAUGGCCGGGGUCCGAAGGUAAACCACGCCUGGUCCGCAAUCUACAUGAAGACCCCCAGUCUCCUUGCACUCGUCGACGGGGAUCUCGAACAGCAAAUCACCCGGGAAGUUGAAACUUGCGAGAUCCUCCGCAAGCACCCUCACCCGCACAUCGCAACCUACUACGGCUACCAGGCGACGCGCGGCCGCGUCUCAGGACUCUGCUUCAAGCGCUAUGCCUCCACGCUCCUCGAAUCCGUCAACCCCCAAAGUCUGAACAAGGUCGCUUUCCGGUCGAGUGCGCGCGAGCUUGUAACCGCGGAUAUGGGAACUCGUCUCGAAGGGAUUCGGGCUGCCGUCACGCAUCUCCAUUCGCUAGGGCUCGUUCAUAAUGAUAUCAAUCCGGCGAAUGUUAUGCUUGACUAGGACGGAGCGUUUGUGCUGAUCGAUUUCGGUAGCUGUCGGUAUGUUGGGGAGUCGCUGCGCGGCACCGGAACGAAGAGGACUCACCACUGGCAUGACCCUUCGAUUGAAUUCUCGAGCGAGAAAAAUGACCUUGACGCUUUGUAUGACCUGCAGAUUUGGCUAACUGGAUUGGUGGGUGAGGAGUUUCGUCUCGGUUGACGCGUUUUUGUGCGUCAGAUGCUAACACUGAAGAAUCGUUGGGACCACAAACCGCGUUGUAGGUGGCUUGUUGUUGUCUUGUAGGACAGUGUACCCAUAAGCGAGGCUAUGAUGGUUUCUACUAGUUGAAUUGGUGGCAGUAGUCGUCCUUGUGUAGUCGUGGAAGGUUUGUGUGUUAGUAUUCCGACCGACAAGUGACUUGAAUGUCUGGACUUGAAGCAUCACAAGUGUUACCUACCUUGGGGUAGAGAAUAUGAACAGCCG